AAGUUUGGGAGAUGUAUAAACUGACCCCAGUAGCUGCUGUGCUCCUGGAAAUGAAACGUAUAUUGUUGAGAGUGGAGCUCUGCCCAGGGCUGCGGGGCUUCAGCUGUCCUGGCUGCGUUUCUUGUCUUUUAGCCGUUGCAGAAUAUGACAUGUGUGGAAGCAGGCGGACGAGCCCUCGGUGCGCGCAUUGUUCGCCACACCAUUUAUCACGUUUUCUUUUCACUGUCUGUAGCCGAGGAGGAGUUGUGUAGUUUGCAGAGGAGUGUGAGCAGGACCGCCACAAACCCACCCCAGUGCCCAGUGCACGGAGACGCUGUCCUGGUGACAAGAUGGGACCGCAAAGGAAAAAACUGUGAGCUGUUUGUAUUCGAGCACCUUCAAGAUGAAAACCUCAGUGAAAGUGUCCAAGAGAUACGGAAAAUCUUACUCAAUAACUUCAGAAUUGUCCAUGCAAGAAUGCCUGAGGAAUUCCCCUUCCAAUGGGACUACAGGGAUGAAGAUGGUUCUGAUGACAACCGCAGCUUGGGUCACUCUGCCCCAUCUGAUGAUGCCUCACUACUCUCUGACUACCAGGAUGACGGACCCCUAGAGUACUUUGAGGACAUACCCCCUGUGGCAGCCCAGGACCUCAGCAACAUCUUGAAGCAGGGCUACUUGGAGAAGAAACGCAGAGACCACAGCUUCUUUGGCUCAGAGUGGCAGAAGAGAUGGUGUGUCCUCAACAAUGAGAUAUUCUACUACUAUGGGAGUGAAAAAGAUAAACAGCAGAAGGGUUCCUUAAAUAUCAACGGCUACAGUGUGCAGCUGGUGACCAACCUGAGAAAAGACUCCAAGAAAAAUGCCUGUUUUGAGUUCUUUGCACCAGGUCUACGAACUUUCCAGUUCACUGCCAGCAGCCCUCAGGAGGCCAGAGAAUGGGUGGACCAGAUCAAUUUUGUCCUUAAAGAUCUCAGCUCCAGCUCUAUCCCCUAUGACGAUGACGAAGAAGAAGAGGAGACCUAUGAUGAUGUUGAGGGGUUGACAGACUCUCCCCCACCUCAGACUGGUCCUGCCCAGGCCUCCCAGAGUGGCAAACAGGGAGGAGGACAAAACCCAGGGGAGGCUAACGAGGAGGAGGAGGAUAUCUACGAGGUGCUGCCAGAAGAUGAUUUCCUAGAUCCAAUGGAUGAAAGCAAUGAGAACAACAACAAACCAGCUUGCUCAUCAGAUUAUGCUAACUACUACCAGGGUAUAUGGGAAUGCCAGACCGACGAGGAAGAUGAGCUGGCCUUCCAGAGAGGAGAUCUCAUCUAUAUCAUUAGCAAGGAGUACAACAUACAUGGCUGGUGGGUCGGUGAGCUGAACGGCGCCGUGGGUAUCGUCCCCAAAGACUUCCUGCACCCUGCCUACAUCAUCUGAGCCCCAACAGGUACCGACGCACGCUCUUAUCAUCAGCAUUAUGGACCAUUACUGUGGCCUAAUACACAGAAACAGUCCCCCUGGUACUCAUCCAGAUUGCCACUGAGGCAUAUUCAGUCGUUGACCUGCCAUUUAUGGUAUCUGCUGGCUGGAAGAAGUACUGCAUAAAGCAAUCUGAAUGGUGCAAUGGGCAAUAGUUGAAAAUAAAUAUGUGCAACAAACGCAUGAUUACAGUGUCAGUUGUCCUAUUUAACAAAAUGAUUUCCUAAUACUGUGAGAUAGGCACAGCUUCAAUGAAUUGUGAAUUAUUAAUGCAUGUUUAUCUGAUAGUGUUUGGUUUUUUCCUUCUGCAGAGCUGCUGCUGACAUGUCCAUGAUUUCAGCUGUCAGAUAAUCAGUUAUAAUUUGGAAAUUAUUCUCAUAAAUUUAUAUCAUGGAGAUCUGCUGCAGUAGUACUUCUUCCUCCACACUGUAAGCCAUUUAUAAAGGGUGUGAGCUGAGACAAUUGGUCAAUUAUUUAACCAUUUGACAUAAAAUUAAGUGACAAUUAUUAAUUCUUCUGUGGUUUCAACUUCUCAAAUGUGAGAUUUUUUUUUUUUGUAUAAGUUACAAACUGCAUGGUCUUGGUCUGGUAAAAGUUUUCGUUGUAAGAGUAUUUUUUAAUAUUUAUACACAAAUCAUGAUAUCUGAUAAUAGUAAUUUGUUGCAACCGUAGUGCAAAUUGAAUAAUCAUGGUGUAAUGAUACACUGAAUGAUUUACAGGCUAAAAUUAUUGUAAAUGAGUUCCAAUAAAUUAAGUGGUUGUUUCCUCACUUGACAUUUUUUAAAAAUUGCAGAUAUUACAAUAUGUAUCCAUAUUUAAACCACAUACUGUCUGGAGUAGAACACAUAUCAACUAUCAUUUGCUGCUUUCUGUGCAUUGUUUCACGUUCAGCUGCAUGAUCAGUUCAUAUGCUGCAGUUUGUCAUUCAGCCUAGCCUCAGUGAUAGAAAUGUCGACAAAUUUGAAACACUUGUCAGUAUAAUAGUUUUACAGCAGCACAAACUCCAGCCUCCAAACUGAUCAUCCAGUUGAUUCAGUGCAUCUGAAACAGUUUAAACAACAUUAUCACCUUCAUGAAGGAGGAUUUAUUGCAGGACUGUCAGAUUAGACCGACUCAGUUUUAGCUGGAUGUACCUAAUAACCUGAGCGCCACCAGGAGGCAGGAUUGCACCACUGUCUUGCCUUGAUGUGUGUUGGAUCAGGUUAAUAGCAUAAAAACAGGCAGAAAGAAACAGUCAAAUGUGACACGUUAGAAAUGAGUAAAUCAGUCAGAUAAUUAUUAGACAUUAAUGUGUUGAAUCAAAUGUGUUAGUAAUGUAGUUUAGUAA